CACCGCUCACCGUGCAAACGAGACGAUUACUAAUUCAGCACUGACUGUAUAAUUGGACCGACAGGGGAACACCAACGCACUCUGCCUCUAUAUAAAGGUGAAGAUCACUGCAGGUGAAAAAACAGAGGCUCUCUUACUGUUAUUCCAACAGUGAACAACCGAGAUGGCUACAUAUCUGUCCUUACUGCUGCUGUUUGCCUAUGCCUCCACAGGCUCUUCAGAUCCAAGUAGCUGUAAGGGUCGUUGUGGAGCUGGCUACUACAGAGGAAGUUUGUGCCAGUGUGACUACGAGUGUCUGAGCUUAAAUGAGUGCUGUUCGGACUUUACACAGUUUUGUACUACAAGUGACUCUUGCAAAGGACGCUGUGGGGAGCCUUUUCAUAGAAGCAAUCCAUGUCACUGUGAUAUUGACUGUGUCUCAUACAAACAGUGCUGCCCUGAUUAUGAGAACAUGUGCUUGGUGGAAGAAACCUCCAAUGAGGACAUGACCAAUGAUGAAGGGACUGGAGAACCAACAAAAGGUCCUCCAAGCACAGAACCAACAGAAGGUCCUCCAAGCACAGAACCAACAGAAGAUCCAGCAAGCCCAGAACCAACAGAAAGUCCUCCAAGCACAGAACCAACAGAAAGUCCUCCAAGCACAGAACCAACAGAAAGUCCUCCAAGCACAGAACCAACAGAAAGUCCUCCAAGCACAGAACCAACAGAAGUUCCAUCAGGCACAGAACCAACAGAAGGUCCAUCUGGUACUGAACCAACAGAAUUUCCAACCGUGGAACCAAUAGAAAGUCCAUCAAGCACAGAACCAAUAGAAGUUCCAUCAAACGCAGAACCAACAGAAAGUCCAUCAAGCACAGAACCAACAGAAGUUCCAUCAAACGCAGAGCCAACAGAAAGUCCAUCAAGCACAGAACCAACAGAAGUUCCAUCAACCGCAGAACCUACAGGAGGUCCUCCAAGCACAGCACCAACAGAAGUUUCAUCAAGUGCAGAACCAACAGGAGGUUCUCCAAGCACAGCACCAACAGAAGUUUCUUCAAGUUCAGAACCAACAGGAGGUCCUCCAAGCACAGCACCAACAGAAAUUUCUUCAAGUGCAGAACCAACAGGAGGUCCUCCAAGCAUAGCACCAACAGAAAUUCCAUUAAGCGUAGAACCAACAGAAUAUUCUGUCAGUGAAAUGACAACCAAGGCACAGAGUGAAGACCCAAAGGAAUCGUCAUCUCCCAGGGAUCCUAGUGACAUUAUUCCAAUCAAACCAACAGAAAAACCUCUUAAACCUAUCUCAGAAAAGGAUGGCAAAAAAGAUAGUAUUAAAGAUUAUCAAGCUGAUGACUAUGACUCUAACCUCUGCAGUGGGCGUCCAGUCAGUGGUUUGACUACUCUAAGAAAUGGUACCAUUGUGGUGUUCAGAGGACAUUAUUUUUGGACACUGGACAAACAGAGAAAUCCUGAUCCUCCUCAGUUAAUUACAAAGGUGUGGGGAAUCCCAUCUCUCGACUCGGUUUACACCCGCUGCAACUGCGAGGGCAAAACCUACUUCUUCAAGGGAAGGAACUACUGGAGAUUUGACAAUGGUAUGAUGGAUCCGGGCUUUCCCAAAUCCAUCAGCCAGGGCUUCGGACAGAUUGGUCAUAUCACAGCUGCUUUAUCUAUACCUGAGUAUAGAAGCAGAAAAGAGUCGGUAAUCUUCUUCAGAAGAGGUGGAAUGGCACAAAAGUACACAUACCAGGUUACUCCAAACUGUGGAAAAGAGCCAAAAUAUCCUGCGUUUAGAGUGUGGACGAGAGCCAGACGACAAGCUGUUUCAGCUCUGGGGCCAGUGAUCAGUAUCUCAAAGACCUGGAGAGGAUUUCCGACCAUAGUGACCUCAGCUGUGUCUGUUCCCUCAAGAGUGAAAGAGGGCUACAAGUAUUACGUAUUCUCUCAAAACAAGUAUUACAGCAUGAAAAUGGAAAGAGAAAAACCAGUAAUCCUAAAACCUGCUACUGGUCCAAAGGAAAACUUAGCAACCAGCUUCUUUAAAUGCCCAGAAACCCAGAAAAACUGAAUCAUUCAUGUUUUUCCCUCAUGCCAUAUACUGUACAUUUAUAUUUCUAGUGAUGCACUUGUCUUAGGUGCAGUGGAAAACAUUUCAUGGCAAGACAGAAUUAUGGACAAAGAAAGAUUUUCUUCAAAAAAUGUUUAUUAUGGAUGUACGGAUGUAAAAUCAUUCAAUUAAUAUUAAUGGAUUGCUCUGAGCAUUAAACUAACAAACGAAGCUUAAAAUACAUAGCCUUAAAGCAGAACAAAGGUACGGUUGUGUUCUUUUGGAGAGAAUGUGUUGCUCCAGAGCUGCUUCACCUGGCAAAACGUCCCCUCAUACCUGUGACGCCAUCUACAGCAAGCAAGGCAAGAAAAGCUGUUAAAUCCACUGUAUCAUGGCUAAAAACUAAGUGUGUGAAAAAAUAAAGAUAUCUGCCACAGUUGGA